CCUCAGCAGUGUGUGUGUGUGUGUGUGUGUGUGUGUGUGUGUGUGUGUGAUCCCAGUGCUAUGUCACCGUCCUGGGUGCGCUCUAAUAAUAGAGGAGGCUGCCUUCUCCUUUAAGAGCCUACUUGUUGCAUACUCCACAAAAUAUACUGUAAGAACAAAAAUGGUUAUCAAAGUAUUCCUCGCCUCUUCAUCGGGAUCCACUGCGAUCAAGAAGAAGCAGCAAGAUGUGGUCGCCUUCCUGGAGGCUCUUAAAGUGGACUACACUCAGCUGGACAUUGCCUGCAACGAGGACAACCGCAUGUGGAUGAGGCAGAAUGUCCCUGCGGCGAAGAAGCCCGCCAACGGCAUCCCCCUGCCCCCUCAGAUUUUCAACGAAGAGAGCUACUGUGGGGACUACGAAACAUUCUUUGAUGCCAAGGAGGACAACUCGGUGUAUGCCUUCCUGGGGCUGCCCCCCCCUCCUGGGUCAAAGGAAGCAGUACAGGCCGACAGGGCGCACAUUGUGGAGAACGGGACCCAUGCCGAGGAAACGAAUGCAGAGGGAAACCUUGAUGAUUCAAGCGAGGUCCCAGUGGAUGCACGUAACGGUGAUGCACAUGGCGACGAGGAGGAAGGUGAGGGUGGCGAGGAGGGGGAGGUAGCAGAAGGGGAGACUGCAGAUGACGAAGUUGUGGAAGAAGAAACAGCAGGAGACGAGGCUCCCACAGAGGAGGAGGAGGAGGAGGAUGCAGUGGAAGACGAGGUCACAGAAGACACAGCCCAUGCAGAGGAGGAAGAAGAGCAGGAAGAAGCUGAUGAUGACAGGGAGGAGGAAGAGCUACGACAGCUUGAGGAGGAAGAGGCUGAGUAGCUAAAGCCAGGGGACGUGGAUGAUGUUGACUUACCACUGUCCAGCCUCAAGGAGCCCUCGGUUCCGUCUCUAACUGACCCCUGACGCUUGACCCCCACAGACAGCCCCCCCACCCCUCCCCAAGGCCGUACUGGACCCCACUGGAAAACAAUCGUUCAUGUGCUUGAAGGCGCCAUCAAAACUGAGAAGUCCUCACCCGCAUUUGCAACCCCUUUCCCUUUUGACUGCAAUGUUGACUUAAUUUUUAUAUUUUGCGUGUAGAGUCAUACUGUAAUGAAAAUGUGCAGUGUAGCCUAGUGGUGUCAGUUUGUUUUUAAUGAGUAGCUUUUGUAAAAUGCACCAACAGUUAUUUUGUUAAAUUCAAACAUAUUUCUCAUGUUUUACUUUUACAGAUUCUAGUUUUCUAACACAAAGAGAGGGUGACCUUUUGAAAAAAAUAUUACUUUGGCAUACUUUAGCUUGUGUCUUCUGGCUUUCAAAUUCAAAGGUUCACAACUCACUCUCUAGUAAGUGUUGUGCACUUUUAUUACAAUGUUGUGCCUAGAUCACUCCCUCUAUCAGCUGAAUGUAUGAAUGCAAACUAAGACUUCUAAUGGCCACAAGUGAAAAAAAAAAAGCGCACAUACUACAAGA